CUGAUAAACAGGGUGUGUGUCUUUAAGCAGCUCAAACAGCGGAGCUCUUCACUGUUUGUUCAGCCCGUCAAUGAGUAAACCUUCACCAGGAAGAACUCCUCACAUACAGUAUCAGAGGCUGAACCCACAGCUGUGUGCACCAUGGACACAGGACUCAGACGGGAUGAUUAAACUGCUGCUGCUUCAAAUCUUGCUGAGCUGGAACUGAGAGAACAAGUGGCGUCUCUGAUUCCUGCCUCCUUCAGUGAUCAUGGCUGCUGUCGGAGCAGAGGUCACCGCCUCAUCGUUCUUCUUCUCAUCAGGAGUCGUCAGUUUCUUCAUCCUCCUCCUGCUCCUCUCCAUCUUCCUCACAGCUCUCUGCAGCGACUGUGGCAGACGUUCAUUUGAGCUGCGAGAACCUGAGGACAAAAACCCUUCAGCUCUGAUACGAGUGGUGAAGCUGGAGGAAGCCAUGGUGGCCAGAGAGAAUCCGAUGAUCAGUGAGAUCCAAAAAGAUGAAAAAGACUUCAGAUCUGUAGAGGAGAGCACAGUGUCCUUCAGCACAGCGAGGAUCCAGCAGGGGGCGCCACCGAUUCACAAUGGUGUGCAGACUAAUGGCAGCACAGUGGUGGGAAUGACAGAGAUAGAUCCUAAACCUGCUGAAGAUUCAAAUCCUGAAGAUGAAAUCACUGUUACCUUCACUCCCUGGAGGAGCCACCUGAGGGCGCCACAGAGCCCAGAAGUGAACAUCUCCGCCCCCUCAGACUCCGCCCGCUUCUACAACAACACUGGAGGAAGGCGGGGAAGCAGCGGCGAAGCUGACGUGUCAUCACCAGUGACCAAUCACAUUCUAGGAGAGGAGGUGGAGGAUCUGAGCGAGCGUGAUGUGAGGUCUGUGUAUGCACAAGUCAACAGGCAGGCGAGACUGGCCACGCCCACUCAUCAGACACCUGAGGAGCUGCAGAUGGAGGAGGCUUCACCUCCUCUGUCGGAGAGGAAGACGGCAGUGGAGGCGUGAGGAUGAUGAUGAUGAAGAACAAGAGACAAAGACUGAAGCUAACGAACCAAAACAUAAAGACUAAAGCUGGAGGCUGAGGACACCUGUCUGUACAUUUAUCCACAUUUAUGUCCCUUUAUAUGAAAAUAUGUUUUACUUUUAUGUUACAUGUUUUUGAAUUUGUGUCGUUUAUUACAGACAGCCGCUGUAUUUAAGUCUGUUUCUUUGAAAAUCAAUGAUGAUGAUCAACGUAGAGCUUUAAAAAAUCUACUGAGUCCAUCUCAUCCAACAUUUAGAUGCUUUUAAAGUAUUUAUACUUUCCUAUGUUGUAUAUUCUAUUCGAUUUGGUUGCUAAUUCAGCUCAGUAUAACUUCUUGUUGGACUUUUUCAUCACAUUGACCAGCUUGGCUCAAUGUAGGUGUGGGCUGACACCAUGUAGUAAACUCCAAAGAGAGCUGCAUAACGCGAACCACGGCGACUGUAGACAUGUCAGUGCACAACUUUUUGUUGUUUUUGAAAAGAUAACAACUCAUUGCUGUUCUUUGUUCUUCUUUUAAUGAAGAAAUGUUGUCA